AGCAAAGUGCCAAGAUUGAUCAUAGUAACAUUUCUAGCUUCUAACAGCUCAAACAGAAAGUUUAUUUCAACCAACCAACACUAAAACCCAUAAAAAAGCAACAUGAAGUUCGCCGUUUCCGUAGUCUUGUUCGCUUUGGCUCUUGGCUUCGCUCACUGCUCAGUCAUUCCAUUGGUGAGCUCCAUUAAUGGACUCGUCUUGGCCUCACCCGGCUCAGUGGCCGUUCACGCUUCUGCUGUGCCCGCCGUUGUAGCCGCACCAUCACCUGUACAAAUCAUCACCAGCCCAGUAGUGUCGCCAGCUGUUGUGGCCGUCGCUCCUGCUGCCGAAGGUACCUACGUUGCCAAGACCCGUGGCGCAGUACAUGUUGCCCCAUUGCCCGGUCAUGUGCAAUCUGCCGCAUCAGUGAACUUGGAACCAGCACCAGGCACCCUCUAAGGAGUUACGUGAUGCAUACAUAAAACCGGCAUGGAUGAUUGAUUGAAUUGCGUUUCGAACGGGAAUAUACGCGUAUUCGUAUAUGUAUAUGCAUUGAGAAAAUAUAAUACAAACACGUACAACAACAAACAAACAUUCUGGCCAUAGUCAAAUAAAACUGGUAUACCUGCAAUAUAGAUACAUAUUCAAAUACAUACGAGAACACACAUAUAAUGAAAAUAAUUUUAGUUUAAUUAAAACAUUUUGGAAAACAAAAUUUUUGCAUUUCCUUUUAAUUUCUCUAUUACUUUUCACCUUCAAAUGCACUGUGAUAUUGCAUCAUUUUCUAAGUCAAAUGCUUUAUUGCACUAACUUGCCAUGUCACUGCCACUUUCCUCUAUUCAGUCGAUACACUUUUAUAAGAACUUUGUAAAAUAAUUACUUCCUUUCUAUCUUUAAAACUGUCUACUAUCAAUUGGAGUUGUUAUCAAAAUAAAAUAAAAAUAUUU